AUGUCUGAAAAUAUAUGGAAUGACUUAUUAGACGCAAAUAGACCAACACCAUCAGAGAAUGAGACGACUAUUAUCAUAUCAGCUCAAACUUCAUCGGUUUUGAAAACUUGCAUGAAGCUUAUUUUUGGGAUUUCCCUAAAUGAUGUAACUCUUGAUACAGUUAGUUACACAUGUAAAGUAGUCCCUAAUAUGACAAAAAAUGGUGAUCCAAUAACCUUACACAUUUAUACCGUUGCGCUUCCCUUAUCAGAGCCCAUUUUAGAUUCUCUUCGAAUAUUCUUUGAUGGCAAUUCCACAGCUUACAAAUGGGUUUUCUUACUUGACUGGGUACAUUCCGAUAAGAAGACGUGGAUCAAAGAUCUUUAUACAUCAUUUACUAUACUUGAAGACAAAAACAUGCAUUGGGUAACGGAGGGAUCUUGUUCUGUCAUUUGCGGCAAUGCUGAACACAUACAGUACCUUGAAAGAGCAUCGCCUCACUGGAAUUCUUAUAAAAUAGAGUUUGUUACUCAAACACUGAGAUCAUUUUGUCUUUUAAAAGCUUGCGGAUUAUUCUCCCUUUCUGAAGGCAUGAACGACCAAUUUGCUCUCGAAAUACUAAGGAUAUUACUUGCAGAAGAAAGAAUAAGGCCGUCUGAGUUCAUUGAACUAGAGAGUUUGUUUAUCCCGUAUAGAUCAGAUAGCGUGGGGAAAAUCAAGACAUUGAAUGAAGAGUUCCCAGUCAACGAGGUUCUUAGCCAAUUGUUCAUCAAAGGAAAAUACGAAAAUAUAGUUCCUGGUGAAGUUACGAAAUCUCAAGAUGAUGAGGACACGAGCUCUCCUAGCAUCUCACAUGACCUCAAGUUUGAGGUCGAUGUUCAAAAGGAGCUCGCUGCACUUUAUGAAAAGCAAAAAGUCUCUAUGAGAAGUGAAACAAAUUUUCAUAAGCCGCUACCAGAGGACUACAAUAAUAUUUUCACAUCAUAUGAAGAUUAA